GUUUUACAACCCAACAACCUUAGUAGCCACUAUUCACCUACAUCCUUAAGUCUUCACUUAACAUUUGCUUAUCACCAUGGCCGCCGUCUCUGUCGCCCUAAACAACGCUCAAUGGGAGCCAGAGAAUGAGGGCGAGAGCCAGUUGAAGACGGCUCUGGAGAAUGUGCUCAUCUCAUCGCCUAGCUCCGUCAUAACCAAAGCCCCUGACAACAAGACCAAUCGCUUUAUUCUUCAGACGCAGGGAUACCAUGAUCUGUACCUGUAUGUCGUUGAAGGUAUCACUUUCACCGAUUCAACUGCAGAAUUUGAGAAACAAUUCACAAAGUCGACCUUUGCCGUCGUCGAUAAGAUUGAUAUAUCAGCUUACGACCUACUCCGUGAUACAACUGUCAGCGUUGCUAAGCAUUGCAAAGAGUUCAAUAGCAAUGGACUGGGAAAGCUAACGACAUCUGCCAACGGAGCCAUUGCCUAUGCCGACCAUUGCAUUGGCUUGAUGAAGGAAAAGGCCGACAUAAGCCUCUACAACGCCUUCCAGGUCCUCCUGGACGAAAAGUAUGUAACCCAGCCCAAGGAUAAUGCAUUCGAGGAGGCUGUAGAGAGUGCAACGUUGGCGUUCUAUACGCAAACAGACGGCGAUGUAAAGAAAGUUGGGACAAUCGAGGAGAAGUUCCUCACGGGUCCUAAGGACCCCGUGACUGGACAACGAAAGGUGAAGUCCGAUGGGACCCUCCAAGAGCCAUACAGCGAGGUCAUGGAUGCCGAGGUUGCGCGCCUCCAGACGGAGAUCACCAAUUCAAUUACGCGCAGGGAUGAGGAAAAUGAUAAAUGGGCGACUGCGAGAGACAAGGCUAUCGGUCUAGGCGUGGGCGGGGUUUUCCUCGUAUGGCUUUGGAUCGGCUCCGGCGUCGAGACGGAUAAGGCCAUCAAGGCAAAGAACAAGUACGAUGAAAUGGUUACAUUGAUCACCAAGGACAGUCAAGACAAGGCCGACUUGGUGAAGGUGCUGGAGCUUGUAAGGGCCCUCGUCAAUCACUUUCACGCCUUGCUGCCAAAGAUGCAGACGGCCCUGACGGCCAUGAAGGAGCUCCAAAACCUGUUCAAUGAGCAGAACCUGAACUUUCAGCUCAUCCUGAACAAGUUGACCGACCUCCAAACUGGUGUGUCUGCGAAAGGACAGAGGGCUAGGAAAAAUUGGAUAACUACAGCUAUUGACGAAGCUGUGGAGAAGUUCAAGGAGAUCAAGGACCUUGGAGAAGAAUUUAAACGUGGUGCAACACCUGUGAUCGAACAGCUCUGAGUACACGUUUGCUCGCGGGAGUGAAGCAUUGUAGAACAUUCCAUAGUCAGACAAUCAGCUUUAUGUUUGUAGAUCAGGCUGUUGUUUGAAAACUAGUAGGCAUUUAGAAGGCAGCAACUUGAAUGCCGAUAAGACUGUCUCUGCACAUCUGCGCUGCUACUGUACUAAAGAAGCGACCUCUCGGUCCACCGAUUCAAACACGGUGAGGGCAUCAUUGCGGGAUUCUGAUACAUCAAAUACACUCACAACCGCCGAGAUAAAGGAGGCCGUAUCUGUCAGACACACGGAAAGAUUCCCAAUUAUCCCUUCUUGGAUAAGCGGAAUGCCGAUAAUGAUGCGCG